CAAGAUUCCGGAAAGGACAGGCCAGAAAAGAGGGCCACCAACAUCAUGUUUAGCUUGGACGCGCCGUUGCAGCCGGCGAUCGAUGGCUUUGUCGACCCCGAGAAUGGCGACCAGCAGCACACGACGCACCUCAACAACGUCGUCAUGAGCGUGCAUCGCAAGACGCCGAUCGAGCAGGUCAUCCAGGGCCUCGGCGCGCACCUCACGCACGCCCAAGACAAGCGCCGAUCGCGGGCCAUGCUACUCCUCGCCGAGGUGCUCACGCGCCUGCCAGACUUGCGCUUGAGCAGCGACACGGCGCACCUCCUCCUCACGUUCUUUCUCGAGCGGCUCAAGGACGGCCCGAGCAUGGGUCCAUGCUUGAAGGCGCUCGUGGCCCUCAUCUCGCUCCACGCCGCGCUGCUGCCUGCCAACGACGCGUGGACGGUAGUCGAGACGCUCCUCAACCUCCCGACGCCGAUCGCGUCGUUGAGCCAGAGCAUGCGCAAGCAGAGCUUUGAGCUGCUGCAGCUCAUCGUGCGUCGCGGCGCCCUCGCCGACCACGAAGGGCGGGUGCUCAUGGAUGGCUUCCUGCGCGCCAUGAGCGGCGAGAAGGACCCGCGCAACCUUCUCUUUUGCCUCCGGUUUGCCGCCGAGCUCCUCACGACCUACGCAAGCAUCGUCGACGCUGACGUUGCAAAGGGCUUUUUUGAUGCAACGUCGUGCUACUUUCCGAUCACGUUUCGCCCGCCGCCCAACGACCCGUACGGCAUCACGUCCGAGGACCUCGUGCUGGCGCUCCGCAGCGUCUUUGUCGGCCACGACAGCCUCGCCAAGCACGUCCUCCCCAUGGUGCUCGACAAGCUCAGCCGCACGACGGUCGUCGAGAUGACCAAGGACAUUCUCGAGACUUUGGCGUUUUGCUGCGCCAAGUACCCGCUCAACCGCCUCUUGUUGCACUUUACGCCUGUCGCUGCGGCUGUGUACCACCACGUGCUCCACGGCGACAACACGGCGGUCAUUGCGGUCGCGAUCGAAGCGCUCAAGACGAUCACGCGCGCGGUCUCGCCGCCGAGCAAGCUGCCCGGCAUGCAAGCCCUCGCAUGGAACAAGUGCAUUGUCUACUUGGUCAACCAAGCGGUCGAGGACCUCUCGCACCAAGCCCCCGACUCGAUGGUGAGCACGGGCGCCGGCAACGUGCUCUGUGCGAUCGCGAGCGUCGGUGUCGCUGGGUUCAGCCACGUGCUUGCAUCGGCGCUCGCGCUGCUCUUGGAGCAGUGCGCAGCGCAGGCCGGGUCGCCGGCCGAGGCGGCGACAGCUCGCCUUGUGAACCUCCUCGGGUGCAUCGACGCCGAGGUCGACCACUCGGCGCCGCCCCUAGUCCCGUACGUGCAUGCGAUUCAAACGACGCUCGUGCACGGGCUUGAAAGAGCGAUUUCGAGCCGGCAGCAAAAGCUGUGUCUCCAAGGCCUGUGCUGCCUCGUCUUGCGGCCGCCGUCGCCCCUCUUGGACGAUGCUUCGCUCGAGUUGCUCUUGCAGGGCUGGACCAACACGGUGCUGACGAACGCGUUCCCGGACGUGCGUGACGAAGCCACAAGCACGCUCCAAGCGAUCGCGCUCAAGUCGCCGGGCCUUGCGCACCUCGUAUUGACGCGCUGUGUGCCGUCCUUUCUGCAUGUCCUCGAAGAGCCGGCGGCCAAUGCGGCGUCCGGGCGGUCGAUCGACGUCAUGGUGCACGACACGCUCGCGGUCCUCACGCAGCUGUCGCUUGCGCCACCGAUCUUUGAAGCGCUGUUGUUGCCGCUCUGCCAGAUCGGCUGGACUCACCCGUUUGCAAUCGCGACGAUGGCGGCCGCCGCCGACAUUGUCCGAAUCAACAAGGGCUCGGUUGCGUGCAUGGAUUACGUCAUCCUCGGCACCAGUGACACGUCGUCGUCGGUGCUCGCCCGCCUUGUCGACGCGCUGGUCGUGCACGUUCGGACGCAGUCGAUCGACGUGCGUCCGAUCGUAUUGGCCACCGCGAGCAUGAGCGCGCAUGUCAUGCAGUGCGGGUCUCUCGUUGCGCAAACGACGUUGCUCACGUCGACAGUGCAGUUGGCGCUGACGUCGGACAUGUCACCCUUGCGCGGCCACGCGCAAUUGCUGCCGCUGCUGCACGCAGUCCUCUACUCGUGCGGUGCGGCGUUGACGGCGCUCGACCCGGACGUGCUGCCGCGCCUCUUGCCGCAGCUCUUUACGCUCGCUGCGCAGAGCCAUGGCGACGACAGCAUGGCCAAGGCGCUCGCCGCGCUCUUCAACGUCCUUCCGGAAGAGACUCCGUUGUUUGCAUUGUACUUGAACUGGGUCACGUCGCCCGAGGCGCGGCUUGAAGGCAUGGCGUCGCCGGCGGCCGUCGUCGUCGAUGCGAGCAGCUCGCAACAUGCGCGGCUUGCGGCGCUGCAGACGUACGUCUACCUCGGCAAGGCCAUGGUGCUCCGUGGGCACGCUACGUAUGCGCCGGCCAUGCUCUCGUUCCUCUGCUCGCUCUUGACGUCGCCCUUUGACCUGCGGCCGGCGGUGGCCACUAGCUUUGCAGCGCUGGUCGCCGACUCGGACGAUGUGCUCGCGCCGGCGUGCCACGCCUCGAUCAGCUGCGUGCACCGUCAGCGCACGUUUGCGCAUGUGUUCCCGCUCCUCUUUCAGUCGAGUCUCGACUACGAAGGCCGCGUCGCGCUGCUCUUGGUCGUCGCCCACACGCCGCAAGCGAUCCUUGUGCCGUCGCUGGCGCACAUCGCGCCGCUCGUCAUUCUCGCGUUGACCGAGACGGGGCUGCUCGGACACUCGGCGCUGGCCACCUUCAAGAUGUGCCUGCAGCAAGACCCGAACCUCGUCCAAGGCUUCUUCAAGGACGUGUUCAACGGUCUCUUGUGGCAGACGCAGUUUGGGCAAUCGGCCCGGGACCGCAUGGACGCGCUCGACUGCAUUGGCGUGCUGGCGGCGACCAAGUACGAGCUCAUCCACCCGUACAAGGAGAUGGUCAUCAAGCGCCUCUUGGCGCCGAUCGACGACCGAAAGCGCGUCGUCCGACAGCUCGCCGUCAAGGUCCGCAACAAGUGGUCCAUCUUGUAGAUAGCACGUAAUACAACGUCAAGAGAAGAAGAGACAUGGUUGCGUCGAUGACCACACAGUAGACAGUGUUGUGAUGGCAUUGGUACGUGGA